AUGUCAGGGGAGUUACCUAAAAUAGUAAACAAGAGUUUGUUUAUUACUUAUGUUGAGAAGAAGAAUGCUGAAGAGGAGGCUUUGAAAAUAAAAAAUAGAAUUGAUCAAAUAAGAUAAGAACGAGAAAAAAUACUUAAGAAAAUCUAAUUAGAAGAUCAAAAGGCAGAACAAAUCUACAAACACAGAUUAGACUUAUAGAUUAAAGUAUGAGUUUUAUAAUUAUUUCUUAUUUUAGAAAUAAGAGAAAAUAAGAUAAAAAGUUGAAGCUCCAACGCCCUUCUCUUUGAGUGUUUCAAGAGCAUAAAGAGAGACAUUAAAAAAAAUAAAGUCUGAGAUGCUUUUUAGAAAAAAAACUGAAGUUAAAGAAUUUAGAGAUUGGCAUAAACAUGAUCUCUAAGAAACAAGAUUUUAGAGAAGUAUGGAUCAUGAGACCUUUAGGAAUAAGGUUAUAAAAGGUAAAUUGGAAGAAAAGCAAGCUAACUAAAAUACAUUAAGUAAAUUGAAAGAUAGAAGAGAUAAGAUACGAUAUGAAGUAGAAAUAGAAAAAGAUAAAAUUGUAAAAGAAAAAAUUGAUUAUGAUUAAAAAAUAAGAGAUUUAGAAUAACUUGAAUAGCUCGAACUAUCAAAUUUGCAGUUAACAAUUCAGAGAUAAAAUUAAACAAAAGAAAAGGUCAAUUUAGCUCAAAGUCUUCCUCCGAAAGAAUUUGAGGCUAAAUUUGUAAAUGGAUAAGCAAAAAAUUAACAAUAUCAAGAAAGUUCAUGA